AUGUCUUCAAUUAUCCAAUCACUGUCUGACCCAUAUAAGGAGUAUUCUGCACUCCAGUGGUUAGCUGCGGUCUGUCUCAGGUUUAAGAAAGUGUGGUGUGCUGAACUCGGAGUCAAAAUGUCCGGCCGAGGAAAGAAAACUGCACCCAAACCCAAGUCUUCAGUGUCCCGGUCUUCCAGAGCAGGGAUCACUUUCCCGGUGGGACGCAUACACAGGAUGCUCAGGAAGGGCAACUACGCACAACGAGUUGGCAACGGCUCCGCAGUGUACCUCGCUGCCGUCCUAGAAUACCUCUGCGCUGAAAUCCUGGAGCUGGCCGGAAAUGCCAGCCGGGACAAUAAGAAGCACCGCAUCGCUCCUCGCCACAUCUUGCUGGCGGUGAAAAAUGACGAGGAGCUCAACAAGCUGCUCAUGGGGGUCACGAUCUCGGAGGGCGGCGUCAUCCCGAACAUCCAGGCCACGCUUCUUCCAAAGAAGACCAAGUCAAACAGAGACGAAAGCACUGCUAAAGAUGUCCAGUCUCAAGAAUUUUAGUUGACGCUUUAUCUAAUUUUUAUCCCAAUAAAGUGAUUUUAAAUUAUA